AGUUCACAAUUGUUUUAAUGUAUUGCACAGCAGAAAUUGGUGGAACGUGCGGAUAGUAAGAUUUCCGAAGUAAAACGGGAAAAACAAAAUUUAACUCUGUUUGUCUAACAAUCUAACGCUUUCCCGGUCCAGUGCAUUUUUCGCAUCAUAUCUGUGCCAUUCGAAAGUAAAUUGAUACAUUUGGAGCGUACGUUGAACGUUGUGCGUAGUUCAUUAGAGCGAAAAUCGUCACCGAUCCUCAACCUUGGUCCAUUUUCCCCAAAAGAGAUGUGGUGCAGUAUUGAUUUGACCGCAGUUUCAACACCGUGGAAUAAUGGGUCUUAUUGAUUUUAUAUUCAGUUGAUUUAUAGCUUAUGAACUGAUUUUCUCCUGUUCCACCCAAAAGCCGGGCGGAUGAAGAAGACGAAUAAAACGCGGAAGAGUUUGCACAAAGCUGGCAACUAAUUUUGCAGCCUUUAUUCAAAAUGAUUCGACGCCUCUUCAGUACGCUGUUAACCGAUUAUCCUACGGCCGGAGAAUUUUUACCGGCAGCCUCACCCAAUAGCAAUCUUCCAGCGGCAGGCUCCAAUGCAAAUGCCUUUCGAAACCACCAGCUCGAGUCACUGAACUGGUUGCAUUCAGUUUCGCCGUGCUUUCCAGUCUCCGGUGACCAGAUCGACGUCAUCAACGAUCCGACUGUGUUCUACAAUACCCUUGUGGAAAAAUGUGCUUCUGCAAAGCACCGGAUUAUGUUGGCCAGUCUGUAUCUGGGUAUUGGGAAGUUAGAAACUCGUCUAGUGGAUACCAUCCAGGACCGAAUGCGGAACAAUGUGCAUUUGCAAGUCGAUGUUUUAUUAGAUUUCACUCGAGGCACACGUGGAGAGGUAAAUUCUAAAUCCACUCUGAUGCCAUUGCUGCAGCAGAGUGACAAUUUUCGAUUGUCACUGUAUCACACACCGGUUCUGCGAGGACUGACAAAACGCCUAGCACCGCCACGGUGGAACGAACUUCUCGGGAUUCAACAUAUGAAACUAUACCUGAUUGACAAUACGGUCAUUUUGAGUGGAGCCAAUCUUUCCAAUGAUUAUUUCACCAAUCGACAAGACCGUUACGUGAAGAUCGAUGACCCUGGGCUGGCAGACUUCUAUGCAAAUUUCCUUCAAAAAGUACAGGAAUUUAGCUUGAAGGUUACCCGUGAUGGAGAAGUGAAUUUACAUCAAAACUGGAAUAUGUUACCCUACAAAAGUUCACACUCAGAUUUUGCUAGCGAAGCGAAAGAACGUGUACGGAAUUAUUUCAAGACAGUAUUGGAAAAGCAACGAACUAUUUGCGAGAAUGAUACAACCUCUGAUACCUGGAUAUUUCCGUUGAUUGAAAUGGGUCAACUGGGAAUUCAUCAUGACAGUCUGGUAACUAAGGGCCUUUUGUCCGGUUGCUUACCGGAUUCUAAACUUAAUCUAGCAACAGGUUAUUUCAAUUUGACCGAGACCUACAUGGAAACUUUGACGAACGGUUGCGAGGCAAUGUGUAACAUCCUAAUGGCACAUCCGAAUGCAAACGGUUUUCUGGGAGCUAAAGGUCCUGCCGGUGGAAUUCCAGCCGCUUACUCUCUGAUCGCACGGAAGUUCUAUGAAAAAUUGCAGAAAGCUGGCCAAGAGCACCGAUUUUCACUGAUGGAAUACGAGCGCACUGGGUGGACUUAUCAUGCCAAAGGACUCUGGUAUUACUUGCCGGGCUCAUCGCUACCGAAUCUGACACUGAUCGGCUCAUCAAAUUUCGGCGAGCGAUCGGUUAAUCGUGAUCUGGAAGCGCAAAUCUGCGUGGUCACAACCAACAAUGGCCUGCAGCGGAAGUUGCAGUCAGAGUUUGAAAACAUUUUGCAACAUUCAUCGAUGGCCGAAUCUGAACUAGUCUCCCGACCCGUUCCCCGCUGGAUACGAGCCGUCGUUGGAUUGUUUAGAAACUUUUUCUAAAUUUCUUGCGUUCCGUUACGAUAAACAGUCAAUGCGACACGAAACAGCACCAAAAAUUAAAUUUGAUAGUUCAUAGUUUAUUAGAUUCGUAUUAGCGCGAAAUCGCUUUUGAGAAAUUUAAACCCUACAGCGUUGAACGCUUUUCGGUUUACUCAAACUCGUUCAUAAUUCUAAUAAAAUUGUGUUUCAUUCAACCAACUGCAAA